AUGGGUUCUACUAUGGCUGGUGAGUUGUUGGUGAGCGCCAAUGGCAAUGGUAACACCCAGCCUAAUCCACAAAGGACUUACCAAGUUGUUGUGGCUGCGACCCGAGAAAUGGGUAUUGGAAAGGAUGGGAAACUACCUUGGAGAUUGCCCUCUGAUCUCAAGUUCUUUAAGGAAGUCACUGUGACCACAUCAGAUCCCGGAAAAAAAAAUGCGGUUGUUAUGGGUAGAAAAACAUGGGAGAGCAUUCUCCCUGAGCAUCGACCUCUACCUGGUCGCCUUAAUGUUGUUCUGACUCGUUCUGGGAGUUUUGAUAUUGCUACUGCAGAGAAUGUUGUGAUAUGUGGAAGCAUGGCAUCUGCUUUGGAAUUGUUAGCUGCUUCUCCUUAUUGUCUGUCAAUUGACAAAGUCUUUAUCAUAGGGGGUGGCCAGAUACUAAGGGAAGCUCUCAAUGCGCCUGGCUGUGAUGCCAUUCACAUUACAGAAAUAGAGACAAACAUUGAAUGUGACACUUUUAUCCCUGCAAUUGAUUCCUCUGUAUUUCAGCCGUGGUAUUCAUCCUUUCCCAAGGUGGAAAAUAGCAUUCGCUAUUCCUUCACAACUUAUGUUCGUGUAAGGAGUUCUGCAGUUGAAUCCCUUUGUCAAAACAAUGAUCUAAUCUCUAGUAGUAAGUCGGAUUCCAUUAAGUGUGAGGUAAAGAAUUUCUCUUUCCUGCCCAAGAUGAUUUUUGAAAAACAUGAAGAGCACAUUUAUCUAAGUCUGGUUCGAGAAAUCCUCUCAGAUGGCACUUCUAAGGAUGAUAGGACAGGGACUGGUACUUUAUCAAAAUUUGGUUGUCAGAUGCGGUUCAAUCUUCGCAAAACUUUUCCUCUUCUGACAACCAAGAAAGUAUUUUGGCGAGGGGUUGUUGAAGAACUUCUGUGGUUCAUAAGUGGUUCAACAAAUGCCAAGGUCCUUCAGGAGAAAGGCAUUCACAUAUGGGAUGGAAAUGCUUCUAGAGACUACCUUGACAGUGUUGGUUUAACUGACAAGGAAGAGGGUGACUUGGGACCAGUAUAUGGGUUCCAGUGGCGACACUUUGGUGCUAGGUAUACUGACAUGAAUGCUGACUACACUGGCCAAGGAUUUGAUCAGUUGUUAGAUGUUAUUGACAAGAUUAAAAUUAAUCCAGAUGAUCGGCGGAUUAUACUCUCGGCCUGGAAUCCGUCUGAUCUCAAAUUGAUGGCACUCCCACCUUGUCACAUGUUUGCUCAGUUCUACGUAGCCAAUGGAGAGUUAUCAUGUCAAAUGUAUCAGCGUUCUGCUGACAUCGGCCUGGGUGUGCCAUUUAAUAUUGCAUCAUAUGCCCUUCUGACAUGCAUGAUUGCUCAUGUUUGUGAUCUUGUUCCAGGUGAUUUCAUUCAUGUUUUAGGGGAUGCUCAUGUCUAUCGCACUCACGUCAGGCCUUUGCAGGAGCAGCUUGAGAAAUUGCCCAAGCCUUUUCCAAUUUUGAAGAUCAAUCCCGAGAAAAAGAAUAUAGAUUCUUUUGUAGCGGCUGAUUUCAAACUGAUAGGUUAUGAUCCUCAUCAGAAGAUAGAAAUGAAAAUGGCCGUAUAG